UGUGUUUUCCUGUCCAUGUGUAGGCGAGUCACGUGUCGUCAUGUCCCUGCCGAUGUUGUGCUAGGUUUUUAUUAUUGGCGUCUAAUCUUCGUUUCACUUUUCCGAGAAAUCUCGCCGCAUUACCUCCAUAUAUCCUUCGCCGAAGAAUGAGCGACAACGAUGACAUCGAAGUCGACAGUGACGCAGACAAGCGGGCGCACCACAACGCUCUGGAGCGCAAGCGGCGGGACCACAUCAAAGACAGCUUCCACAGUUUACGGGACUCGGUUCCUGCCUUGCAAGGGGAAAAGGUGAGUAAUGAGGGUUCCCCGCUGUCAACGUCUAAUACCAGGGGGGAUUUUGCAGGGCCAGAAGGUUCAAGUUCUGUCAAACAGGCUUCCCGAGCACAGAUCCUAGAUAAGGCCACAGAGUACAUCCAGUACAUGAGGCGAAAAAACACCACCCACCAGCAGGACAUCGACGACCUGAAGAAGCAGAACGCUCUGCUGGAGCAACAAGUCCGUGCCCUGGAGAAGGCCAAGGGCAACAACCAGCUGCAGGCCAACAGCUACUCCUCGGACAGCAGCUUGUACACCAACCGCAAGGGCAGCGCCGUGUCGGCCUUUGACGGCGGCUCCGACUCCAGCUCCGAAUCGGAGCCCGAGGAGCCACCCACUAGGAAGAAGCUGCGUGUGGAGCCCAGUUAGACCGUCCCCUCCCUUCUCCCCCCCCCCCCCCUCCCCCCCCCCGACACUGGGUCCCAGGCACUCCCUACUCAGACUCUUGUUCACCAGCCCCCACCCACCUCCCCAUCCCCACCAACUCCUCCAACAUGUCCGCGCUCGAGGACGACCUCGUCAUCCGGUCCGGGACGUUAGGUGGAAUCAGGCCUGUGAGAGAGUGGAGAGGUGCUACGAUAUGCUACAAGCUUUCUCUGCUCUCCUGGUCGGCGACACCCCCGCCACAAACCCCGUCAAUUCCCCCCCUCCCCCUGAGGCGACGGUGACCCGCUCCAACGUGAGGCAGCUCUGCAGUUUUUUGAAGGACUUGAUGCUUUUUCAAAACCUCAUUACGAAAAUGUUUCUAGUCGCCGCGGCGUAAAGCUUUAGUGAAGCUACGACGACACGCCCUCGUGUGCUCCUCUUCUGCCCUCCUUUUAGUUUGGUUUUGGAACACCUCCGAAAAUCCCGCGUUUUGACACUUACCAGACCUUUGAGAAAUUGUCCUUAGACAUGGUUUACCUUUUUAAUGUUUGUACUUUUCCAGAAAUGAUUGUGAACUUUGCUUUUAGAAAAAAAUGAAAAGCCCUGCAAGAUGAAACACCCCCUCCCCCCCUCCAUGAGUUAGUGUCGGUGGCUGAAGCUGUUGUCCUGAAUGUUAGUGUAAUCAAAUGAAUGCCUAUAUUAAAUGAUAAACUACUUGACUUCUUACUCCCACAUCGUAUUUGGUUGUUUGGCUAUUACUCUCCGUAAAUAUGGGUGUGUGUGUGAACUGACCUCUUUAUUUUAGAUCAUCCCUCAUUUAACAGGUUUGAAACCCGUUUUUCUAUUUUUUAUUCUCCAAAAAUAUAAACGUGGCGAUGAAAAAAAAAUCCUCAAAUGAAAAUGAAUGUUACACAAUGCAGUUAUGAGCAGUGACCUUUAUUUUUGUUAUUGGAAGAUAUGUGUCGGUGUGUAGUAUUUAACACUAUAUACUCUUAAAUGUCGUCAUUUCUUCAAAAGACAAACCUUCCCUGGAAAUAUUUUGCCUGCACUGGGAAUGUUUUUUAGUUUUGUUUCCUACCCUUAUUUUGUUUUACAGAGGUAAAUACGUGUGUACUAAAUCAAUAUUUGUUUAUUCCAUUCCAUGGAAAUUACAGGUAUGUUGUACAUACUGCCAACAAUUGUCUUGCAAGUUGAGGCCUACCUUUACGAUGAGACUAAAUAAAAAAACUAUUUUAUCCUUU